AUGAAACAAUAAACAUAAUGUAUAACUAUUUGCUAGCAAUCGAAAAAUAAUAAGCAAAGCAACAGAGAAUACCAAGUGAAUAGCUUAAAUGAAAUCACUUAUUUACUUUCGAAAACAAAAAUUGAAAUUUAGUAUACUGAUGAUAAUAAAAUCAUCUAUUCCUAAGAUGAAGUAAUAUUGAGAGAGUAAAUAUCAUGUAAUUUAUUUUUAAAAAGAGAAUAAAAUUUGGACAAUUUACAUAUUCCAGAGAUAUUUAUUAAUAUUGAAUAGGUAAGGUAUCUUCAAUGGGAAGGUGAAUAUAGUCAGAACCAGAAGAAAAUUGGUAAAUGGUUUAAUAAAUGGAAUGGAGAAGCACUUGAAGAAGUAGGCGGGUACUAUUAAAAUGGGGAAAAGAAAGGUUUAUGGAAAGAGAUAUUUAAGAAUUAUUGGAGGUAUAAAUUAUUGAGACAAAUCAAAAUAGUCAAGCCCAAGUAUUGGAAAUUGGAGAAUACGUGGAUAAUUAAAAAAUUGGAAUAUGGAAGUAUCAAUAUCAUGAAAAAACGAUGUAUUGUAUUUAUAGAUCAACAAAUUAGUGGAGGUGGAUCAUACAAUAGGAAAGGAUAGAAGAAUGGCAAAUGGAUAGAUUUGAGUGAUGAGUUUUGGGAGUAAUAAUAUGUGAUUAUAAUUAGUCAUAGUUAAGUCACAAAUGUUGGUGAAUAUAAAAAUGGAAAAAAAAUUGGAUUUUGGAAUAGCGUGUUUUAGAACUAAUGGAUGUAAAUUUUUAAUAAGAAUUAAUUUAGAGGUGGUGGAUCUUAUGAUGAGGGAGGUAGUGGAAUUAAGAUUGGGAAAUGGGUAGAGUUAUCCGAAAGAUUUACGAAUUCAUCUAAAAUCACUUUUAUUGGAGAAUAUAAAAAAGAUAAGAAAGUUGGCAAAUGGGAUAUUUUUUUGAGGGAAUUAGAGAUGUAAAAUUAUAGAGGAAACGAAUUUAUAGUGGUGGUGGAUAGUAUGAAGAAAAAGGUGAUGAGACUAAGGUUGGAAUAUGGAUUGAAUAAUGCGAGGAUUAUAGAGAAGCAUCAAAGGUUAUUUAUAAUGGAGUUUAUAAAUUUGGUAAUAGGGCUGGAAGAUGGAAUAUAUAUUUUCGUGGUUAGUAGAUGUAAAAAUUAUGUAAUAAAUAAUGUUGUAGAGGUGGUGGAUCUUAUGAUGAAAAAGGUGAAGGAAUAAAACUCGGAAGGUGGAUUGAACUGCGUGAAGGAUUUGAGUAUUCUUCAUAAAUCACUUAUAUUGGACAGUAUGAAAAUGGAAAAAAAAUUGGCAGGUGGGAUAUUGUAGAUAUGGGAUCUAAUGUGUAAAAUUAUGAAUCGAAAAAUGUUUUAGAGGAGGUGGAUCAUAUGAUGAUGAAUGGAAUGGCAUUAAAUUGGGAAGAUGGAUUGAGUUGAGUAAUAAUUUUGGGAAUGGAAUAAAAUAAUCAAAGAUUACUUAUGCUGGCGAUUAUAAAUAUGGGAAAAAGAUUGGAAGAUGGGAUAUCAAACAUGAUGGAAAAGACAUGUAAAAAUGCUAUUAAUAAAUAUUUAGUGGUGGGGGAUCAUAUGAUGAAAGAGGUGAUGAAAUUAAAAUUGGGAGAUGGGUUGAGUUGAGCAAUACUUAUGGGAAUGGAAUAAAGUAAUCAAAGAUUACUUAUACUGGCAAGUAUAAAUAAGGGAAAAAAGUUGGAAGAUGGAAUAUUUAAAAUAACGGAAAAGAUAUGUAAAAAAGAAAUUAGUAAAUAUUUAGUGGAGGUGGCUCAUAUAAUGAAGAAGGCUAUGAGAUUAAAAUAGGGAGAUGGGUUGAGUUAUGGAAGUUAUUUUAUAUGUAUUAAUAAGUCAUUUGGGAUGGAGAAUAUAAUUAUGGUAAAAAAGUUGGUAGGUGGGAUUUAUUGUAUAAGGAGAAAAGUUAUGAAUAAUUUUAGAAGAUGUAAAGUAGAAAUAUUAAUACCUUUUAGUGGAGGCGGAUUUUAUGAUGAAAGAAAUAAUGCUGAUAAAAUUGGGAAUUGGAUAGAAUUAAGUGAUAAUUUUAGUGAUAUGUCCUAAUUAACCUAUAAUGGGGAGUAUAAAAAUGGCAAAAAAUGUGGUAGAUGGGAAAUAUAUUAUAGGAAAUAAGGAAAAUAUUAGUAGAUGUAAAAUAUUAAAUAAAAUUAUUAGAGGUGGUGGACAUUAUAAUAAUGAAGGAAAUUAGGGGACUAAGAAUGGAAAAUGGGCUGAGGUGAAAGAUGAAUUUUCUGAUUGGAAUUAAUAUAUAUGUAAAGGGGAAUAUCAAAAUGGUAAAAAAAUUGGAACUUGGGAAGAUGAAGAUAUAGGAGAAGACUUUAAACAUAUUGAAAUUAUAUGA